AUGGAAGAUAUGACAGAAAAUCUUAGCAAUCUGGACGAUAAUGGUGAUCAGCUUGGAAAGCAUUUGGAUUUAAGUGAUGGAAGUACCCAUAAACGAUGCCAUAAUGAAAAGCGAAGCGAGCGAAGGGCGAGAACUGAGCGGCUUGUAUCAGAUAUCGACAAUGACCAGGUAAAUAAAUGAUGGCUUUGCAGUCUUCGUAAAAAUAUAAAAGCUAGUAAAUGUUGUCUGACGUUUCGAUGUUACUAAAAUCAUCAUGAAGGAAAACGCGGCAAUUUCUUCGUGAUACUGGUCCAUUAUUUUACGCUCAAACUGGUGAGAAAUAAAACAAUAAAAUAUGCAUGCAAUAGUACAAGAAAUCAUUAACAUUGAAACAUCGAAACGACGCGGACAUUAAUUCUUUGUAUUUAAAGACUGCAAAUCCUGGUAUUUGUGUUCACUAUAAUUUAGAUAGAGUUAUUCCCGGCAUCUGAAAGACAACCCUAUAAUUUGCAGAUCAGAGGUAAAUAACAGUGUUAAAUAUUUAACUAUGCUUACAAUUAAUACAAUUAAAUUAAAACGGAAAUGUAGAACGCGACGCAAGCGAAGCGAGCGGAAGAAAAAAAAAUGUGGGGGCUCCCUCGUGCGUGCGUCAAACGCAGACUAUAAACCAGCGGACUUACUAGAAAUUGACGGGAUUUAAAUUAUCGCAAAGUGAAGGAAAAAUACUUUAUAAUAAAAUAAAUAAUGCGAAAGGUGUGUUUUUUAAUUUCAAACUGAUGAAGAAAAUGAACGCGGCGUUAUAAAGAAAUGGAACUUGUAGAGAAAACAGUUGCCAAAAUCCAAACUCAAACGAAUCUCGCUACUUUAAUUUGAGCGUUCUUUUAAGCGACAACGAACCGGUGGAUCUCUACCCUGAUAAAACAAUACAAUGCUAAAAGAAUCCAAAUUAAUUAUGGAGAACUUACCGCCAGCACCCUAUAACCUGGGCCCAGUUGUUCAAAGGGUGGAUAACGCUAUCCACCGGAUAAAUCACUGUCCAGUAGCCUGCGUCGCAAACUGAAUACACCGGUCAAUACCGGGAUUUCGUUUCAGGAUAAAUUGCAGGAAAAGUAAAAAGAAAAUGUGCAAAUUGGGGUACAAAAGAGGGGAGAAUUUAGCGAGACCGCACCGACGCUUAUCGUGGCUCAAGGUUUCGCCGCUCGCUAUUAGGUGUCGAUCGAGUCACGCGCAGUCUAGUCUGCAGUUGUUGCACACCUAUACUUUCCUGAUAUUUUCCAAAGAAAUAUGAAAGAAAAUUGUAUCUGGGUGAAUCGUUAAGAUACAUUCCUCAAGGCCAUAGAUCUAGUAAAACUGUGAGUUUCUCGAUCUAAGACGAAGUCACCUUUUAACUACUUCAGGGAAAAAAGAGAAUGGAGAUUGUAACAUCGCAACAAAGCUGCACCCUAGAGCAAAAUAGGGGUGUUAUAGAAUAAGAAUUAUCGAGAGCAAUUUCAGAGGAAAAGAAGCACAAGUUUCAAGGUCUGCUCUAUGUCUUCGAUCAACUAUUUCUUCCGGUGCAAGAUGCCAAUGCUAAGACAAGAAUUAGGUCUUCAAUCCCCUUUCAAGAAGCAUUAGAGUACUUUCUUGCGUUUCAACCUCAACACUCUGGGGCACCGUCAAAAUAUCAAAGAGUUGCCUUUCGCGAAGCUUUACUUCAUGAAAAACAUGGUCUCAGGAUCAAUAUCAUUCGUAUAACUGAGGGUUUUGAGUAUGUCGCGCUCCGUCCUGACGAAGUCGAUUUAGAGUCAUUCCUUUUGGAUAUUUUUAGUGCUUGUAGUACUAAAAGUGGACAUAGUGCUCUUGUUCUCGAUAAGGAAACCCUGCAAGGUAUCGUUACUACUAUGGACUCAGAAUGGGAUAAAAUUUGUCUUAGAGUUAUAUUGCGAUCCAUAUUCUCUAGAGAAGAAAUGACAGCCUUAGGCUUCGAUCCUGACAAUCUUCCGUCUAUGACGGAGAGAGUUAAAUUCGUUGUUGAAGAGGUAAAAAAUGCUAAUGAGGCAGCAGCCGACCUCGUUAGGUUGCGCUUAAAUUCCAAGAAGGAAAAGUUGGAAAAGGAGAUAAAAGAGAAGGAAAACCUUAUUCAAAAGAAAACAAAUAUUUGGUCAUCCAAAACGUUAGAAGAAAUCCAAAGCGAAGUACAAAAACUCAAGGAAAAAGUUGAAGACACGGAGGGGCUUCUUCACAGCCAGCCCACCGAAAGCAAUUAUCAGAGAAAACGCCAAAUGCUCAAGCGCCAAGCUUCAAGCCUUAUCGAAUCUAAUCGACUGAAGAGGCAAAAGUUGUCAAACCAAGGUCCGAAGCCAAAGCUAGAUGAGGAAGAUGAAGACUUCAUUGCAAAGGCAAUUGAGGAUAAAUCAUCCUAUCAUGGUAAACUACCAACGAGCACACGUAAAAAACAUAAAAAGACGAUUCUGGGGUGCCAGAAAUUCCAGCGCGAGAAAGUUUUGUUUCAUGAGAAGCACCGAUGA